AUGCCUGCGGGGUCCUGCUUGAUCACUGGUGGCACCGGGUACAUUGGCUCCUUCACAGCCUUGGCCCUUCUCGAAGCAGACUACAAGGUCGUCGUUGUCGACAACCUCUACAAUUCCUCCCCCGAAGUCCUCAAUCGGAUAGAGCUUAUUUGCGGCAAGAGACCCGAAUACUACAAUGUUGACAUCACAGACGAAAAGGCGUUGGAUGAUGUCUUCUCAAAGCACCCGGACAUUGACAGUGUCAUCCACUUCGCCGCGUUGAAAGCCGUUGGCGAGUCCGGCGAGAUUCCCCUCGACUACUACCGCGUCAAUGUCUAUGGCACACUCUGCCUCCUGUCUUCUGCGGCACGACAUAACGUAACGAAUAUUGUCUACUCCUCUUCCGCCACUGUCUAUGGCGACGCCACCCGCGUACCGGGUAUGAUACCCAUCCCAGAAGAAUGCCCUCUGGGUCCUACAAAUCCCUAUGGCAACACCAAGUUCGCUUCCGAGUUGAUGAUUACCGACCACAUCAAUGCCGAGCGCGCAAAAGCCCAAAAGAAAGGCGACCCAGGCGCGGUAAAGAAAUGGAAUGCCGGGCUCUUGCGAUACUUCAACCCCGCGGGAAGCCACCCCAGCGGGAUCAUGGGGGAAGACCCCUCAGGAGUUCCAUACAACCUCUUACCAUUGCUCGCGCAAGUUGCCACGGGGAAGAGAGAAAAAUUGCUUGUGUUUGGCGACGACUACGCGUCUCAUGACGGCACUGCCAUUCGCGAUUACAUCCACAUCCUCGAUUUGGCUGCAGGCCACCUGAAGGCAUUAGAUUACCUACGCACGCAUCAGCCGGGUGUUCGGGCCUGGAAUCUCGGCACCGGGCGUGGCUCUACCGUAUUCGAGAUGAUAAAGGCAUUCAGCAAAGCCGUGGGUCGCGAGCUACCUUACCAAGUUGUCGAGAGAAGACCCGGUGACGUACUGGACCUGACCAGUAACCCGACGCGGGCAAAUCGAGAGCUUGGUUGGAAGGCGACCAGGACGAUGGAGGACGCCUGUGCAGAUUUGUGGCAAUGGACCGAGAAUAAUCCAGAGGGUUAUAGGCAGAAACCGCCACAGAAGUUUUUGGAUGCGUUGAAGAAGAACAACUGA